AUGGAAAGGCGACGGCGGCGCGGUCCUCACGGGGCCGUGGUGCCGUUCGUCCUCCAAAUCCACACGCCGGCGACCCAAUUCACCACGAAAAGCCGGACCGUUCCACGGAAAACGAACGCGAAAUCCUUCUUCCGCCGGCGCAAUCUAGGAGGAUACAGCAGUAUCAUACUGGUACGCCGUACCCAAACAGAAAUCCGUAGCACCACUGACAACUGGGAUCUCCCCGAAAGAAGUAGGAAAAAAAAAUUCAAGUUGCAGUGGCCCAGUUCACUCUUCGCCCGUCCGCGAUCCCGCAAGGCACCGCGCCGACCGCUCCCCGAGGCACGAGGGCCCAGCCAUGAAGCCCCUGGGCGCCGACAUGCUCCGCGGCCCGCACCUCCUCCGCGCCGCCGUGCUCGCCUUCGCCGUAGCCGUCGCCUUCCUCGUCGGCUACCACUGGCCCGACGCCUCCCCGCGCCUCGUCUUCUUCUCGUCCGCCUUCUCCGCGUCGCCCCCUGCCUCCUCCCGCUUCUCCCCUUCCGUCGCGCUCUCCCCCAACGCCAACAUCUCCUUUGACCCGUCCCUGAUUCCCACUCCCGCCACCGCUCCGCCCGCUUCUCCUGCUGCCAAUGCCCCGCCCCCGCCUUCGCUACCACCGCCGCCUCCUCUCCUCCCCCCGCCCUCGCCCGCGCGCCUCGGCAUCGUCGGCGAGGACGGCGCGAUGCGGGAUGAUUUCGACGUCGGCAGCGUCGGUGCCAACGACACCGAUCUGGCGACCGACGAGGCCGCGCCGCAGGAGCCGGGCAACGCAGACGACGGCGUCGGGACCAGGGUUCGGAUUGGGAGGUUCCCGGUCUGCCCCGAGAGCUUGAGGGAGUACAUACCCUGCUUCGACAACGAGGAAGAGAUCAGGCGGCUGCCCUCGACGGAGCGCGGCGAGCGGUUCGAGCGGCACUGCCCUGCCAAGGACAAGGCUCUCAGCUGCCUCGUGCCGGCUCCCAAGGGGUACAAGGCGCCCAUCCCCUGGCCUCGGAGCAGAGAUGAGGUGUGGUUUAGCAAUGUACCUCACACACGAUUGGUUGAUGACAAAGGAGGGCAGAAUUGGAUUACCAAGGUUAAAGAUAAAUUCAGAUUUCCUGGAGGAGGAACUCAAUUCAUCCAUGGAGCAAAUCAAUACCUGGACCAGAUUUCCCAGAUGGUACCAGAUGUUGCAUUUGGAUCUCAUACUAGAGUUAUCCUGGAUGUUGGCUGUGGAGUUGCAAGUUUUGGUGCAUAUUUACUUUCACGUGACGUCUUGACAUUGUCCAUAGCUCCAAAAGAUGUUCAUGAAAAUCAGAUACAGUUUGCUCUUGAACGUGGUGUGCCUGCAAUGGUAGCAGCAUUUGCAACACAUCGAUUAUUAUAUCCCAGCCAAGCAUUCGAUAUUAUCCAUUGUUCGCGCUGCCGAAUAAAUUGGACUCGUGAUGAUGGAAUCCUGCUCCUGGAGGUUAAUAGACUGCUUAGAGCUGGUGGUUACUUUGCUUGGGCAGCCCAACCUGUUUAUAAGCACGAAGAGGCCCAACAAGAGGCAUGGAAAGAGAUGGAGAACCUCACUGCCCGACUUUGUUGGGAGCUUGUGAAGAAAGAGGGAUAUAUUGCUAUGUGGAGGAAACCUUUAAAUAACUCAUGCUACAUGAACCGUGGUCCAGCAGUCAAACCUCUACUUUGUGAUACUGAUGAUAAUCCAGAUGAUGUCUGGUAUGUUAAUUUGAAAGCAUGUAUCAGUCAGCUUCCUGAAAAUGGUGAAGGACCAACUUCCAUCCGAUGGCCUGCACGCCUAAUGGAGCCGCCAAAGAGGCUUCAAGGUGUUCAAAUGGAUGCCUACACAUCAAAGAAUGAGCUUUUCAAAGCAGAAACGAUAUUUUGGGAUGACAUAGUUGAAGGUUAUAUUCGUGUUUUUAAGUGGAGGAAGUUCAAAUUCCGGAAUGUAAUGGACAUGAGGGCUGGAUUUGGAGGGUUUGCAGCUGCAUUGAUCAACCGCAAACUUGAUUGUUGGGUGAUGAAUGUUGUUCCUGUUAGUGAGCCAAAUACACUCCCUGUAAUUUAUGACCGGGGGCUUCUUGGAGUGGCUCAUGACUGGUGUGAACCAUUUGACACAUACCCAAGGACGUAUGAUCUACUGCAUGCAUUCGGCCUUUUCUCAAAGGAGCAGAAAAGGUGUAACAUCUCAAGCAUAUUGCUGGAGAUGGAUCGCAUACUCCGACCUGGCGGUAGGGCUUAUAUACGUGACCAGAAAGAAGUUAUACAUGAGAUCAAAGAAAUAACAAACGCCAUGGGGUGGCGUGCUACUAUACGUGACACUUCCGAAGGCCCAUACGCUAGUCGUAAGGUUUUGAUGUGUGACAAGCCUAUGGCGCGCUAGCCGAUCAGGGGAAGGUCUGACCCUUUCGAACUGCAGAGCUGGGCUGCGGUGACCUUUGGUUGAUUUUCCGGCACCUUUCGAGCUGACUACCAGAGCCUCUGUCGAGACUGACAUUUGUUCGUAGAUAGGUACAGGUUAGGUAAAGGUCUAAAGGUCAAAAAUUGUAACUAUGCAAUUUGAUUGAUCAUUCGUUUGCACUAUGAUGACCGGUGUAGUUCCUGACGCAUGGCAUGUUUUUGUUGUAUCAUCAUAAGUUUUUUUGAACCAUGUGUAUCAUCAUAGUAACGUUGAAAAAGAGUGAGAAUUGUUUUUUCCGGG